GUCCCUCUGCAGCCUCCCGCGGGAAAGCUUGAUCCCGCCGGGGCUCUCUGUGCUCCCGGGCCGCGCGCCAUGGGCAGCCCCCGCUCCGCGCUGAGCUGCCUGCUGUUGCACUUGCUGGUUCUCUGCCUCCAAGCCCAGGAAGGCCCGGGCCGGGGGCCUGCGUUGGGCAGGGAGCUCACUUCCCUAUUCGGGGCUGGCCGGGAGCCCCAGGGUGUUGCCCAACAGGUAACUGUUCAGUCCUCACCUAAUUUUACACAGCAUGUGAGGGAGCAGAGCCUGGUGACGGAUCAGCUCAGCCGCCGCCUCAUCCGGACCUACCAGCUAUACAGUCGCACCAGUGGGAAGCACGUGCAGGUCCUGGCCAACAAACGCAUCAAUGCCAUGGCAGAAGACGGGGACCCCUUUGCAAAGCUCAUUGUGGAAACAGACACCUUUGGAAGCCGAGUUAGAGUCCGAGGAGCUGAGACAGGCCUCUACAUCUGCAUGAACAAGAAGGGGAAGCUGAUUGCCAAGAGCAACGGCAAAGGCAAGGAUUGCGUCUUUACGGAGAUCGUGCUGGAGAACAACUACACAGCGCUGCAGAACGCCAAGUAUGAGGGUUGGUACAUGGCCUUCACCCGUAAGGGCCGGCCCCGUAAGGGUUCCAAGACACGACAGCACCAGCGCGAGGUCCACUUCAUGAAGCGGCUGCCCCGCGGCCACCACACCACCGAGCAGAGCCUGCGCUUCGAGUUCCUCAACUACCCGCCUUUCACACGCAGCUUGCGUGGCAGCCAGAGGACUUGGGCCCCUGAGCCCCGAUAGGUGCCUGCCAGCCCCUCCACGCAAGACCAGACAAGGAGACCCUCCUCUGGUGGGGGCUCCCAAAAGAGAAACUCAAGCCAGAUGAGAUCUGCCCUGAUGCAGGCUGGGGAGGUGCUGGAGAGCCAGGGGUUCCGGUUGUUGAUAUUGUUUGCUGUUGGGGUUUUUUGCAUUUUUUUUUAAACAAAAGAG